CCUUCCAAUAUAUAAUUGAAACUGCUAUAAACCACAAGAGUGACUAGGCCCCCUUAUGUUCUUCAAUAUCCGUACUAGGAGACUAUUUUGAUCUAAUCUUAUUCUUUGAUUCACAUUAACUUGAUGUGAUAUCCCUCCAAUCCAUGCUCAUUUAUAACUCCCGAGUCACAACCAUCACUCAUAACUCAUCUCUUCCUCACUCACAAAAGUCACAAUUCACAAGUCUACAUUAUCUAUUUUUUGUUAUUAUAUAUUACUUUCAAAUUAAACUAGCUAUUGCUUAAAUUAAAUCACCCUCUUUACUCUGUAUUCUCGUACAUUACACAACCUACUGUUUGUUGAGUUUUAAAAAUUGCAACCAUAUGAUAUCAAGUUACUUAAGUUCCUAAAGAAAAAUUGGCUCAAUUGAUGCAUACGGCCAUACGGGAGCAUGUAUUUGGUUCUUAUUAAUUGAAGUAAAAACACAGUUUUGAGAGAAGUCAUACCUUUUUUUGCCAAUGUAUCUUAACUUCAAACAACAAAAACUGAGAAUGACAGCUAAAACCAAGGAUGAUGUGGAAUCUUCAAUACAAUACAAGCUUAGUUCCUUACCCAAAAUUUCCUCAAAUUGCUGCAUUUAUAAAGUGCCUGGGUAUAUCCGUGAGGUAAAUAGAGAAUGUUAUCAGCCUUCAGCUGUUUCAAUUGGUCCAAUUCACUAUAAUAAUCCAUCCCUAAAAUCUUCGUUGGAGUUAAAAUUAAAUUAUCUCAAAUGCUUCCUAGAACUUGCAACCCAUACCAAUGGCAACAAAGCUUAUAGCUUAAGUCAAUACAUUGACUUAGUAAAAAUUUGGGAGGAUGAGGCUCGUUCCUAUUACGAAGAAAAAUUAAGUCUCUCCAGCAACGAGUUUAUUGAGAUGAUGAUAAUCGAUGCUGCAUUCAUCAUUUACUUUUUUAUGAGUCGUAGUAGAAAAUUUCAAACUCAAAAUAUUGCUAGUAAUGAAAAGAUUACUUGGAUUAUGAAAGUAAAACAAGAUAUAUUUGUAGAAGACAAUCAACUCCCAUUUUUUGUUCUUAACAAGUUAUACAGCAUAACAUUUGGUGAAGCUCACCGCGAAACUUCCUUUGAGGAUCUAACUUGUUAUUAUAUAUCUAACAAUUCUGUUUUUGGAAAUACCAAUUUAGCUAUUGGUAAAGAGAAUGUUGUGAGAAACACAUCAGGAGUUAAGCAUCUUUUGGAUUUUUUGAGGAUUUGGCACUUACCUUCCAAACCCCUUGACGGUACAUCAACAACUGAAUCUACUUUACCGCCGCCAAGUGCUGAAAAAUUGGAGGUUGCAGGAGUAAAAUUCAAGGCAGGUGAGGGUAAACAUCUAUUGGAUAUUAAAUUUUCAGAUGGUGUUUUAGAGAUUCCAAGAUUGACUAUGGAAGACAGGACAGAAGGUUUUCUUCGCAACAUUAUAUUUUUUGAGCAAUGUCAUCAUUUUAAUAACGAGUCUUACUUUGCCGACUAUGUAUCGUUCAUUGAUGCAUUGAUUAACACUCGUGAAGACGUGCAAAUAUUAGUUCAACAUGGUGUAAUCAAGAAUUUUCUUGGGAGUGAUGAUGAGGUAGCUAAUGUCGUCAAUCAACUCUGCAAAAAUAUAAUGAUUCAUAGUCCUAAACUCUACUACUAUUCUGAUAUUGCUGAAAAACUGAAUGCGCAUGCCAACACCAGGAGGAACAAAUGGAUGGCUAUAUUAAGGAAAGACUACUUCAAUAAUCCUUGGUCAAUCAUUUCCGUUGUCUAUUUGGCGAUUCUUCUUAUCCUCACCGUGUUACAAGUUUAUACUGGUUUUAAGAACUAAUUAUUCUUUGUUCAUUUACGUACAGAUUCCAAUUCCAAUUUAUUGUUGUACAAGACAAUGAAUUAAGAAUUUCUUUUGAUGCUA